UUUCAACUGGCAAUUGUGAGUCCAUACAGCCGAUGACUGGACUGCGUUACUGGCCAACUGUACAGGCCAAAGCCAAGUGUGAACCGGGCAUAACUCACAACUCACAAAUCGCAAAGUGAAGCUACCUUGCAAAUUUACAAAAAAAAAUGUACUUUGUGUAUCCAGCGGCUCGAAGAGAAAUGUUAUUUGUGCUCCGUUUAUUGCUGAAACCUAUUGUGAUAUAAAACGUUCGUGUACUAUAAAAUGUUUUAGGCCGUCAUUGCUUAAAUAUAAAUAACACAAAACGUUUACAGAGGUCUUACGAAGAAAAGAACGCGAUAUCAAAGAAUUUCACGAUGAAAGUUACUGUAACUACGCUAACAGACGAAAUUUUCGUCAUUGAUGUUUCUGAAGAUCUGGAAUUGGAGAAUUUUAAAGCAUUCUGUGAAAUAGAAUCCGGUUUUCGAGCAAAGGACAUAAUCCUGAACUUCAACGGCCAACCGCUGUUGGACGACAAGAAGUCUCUAAGGGACCAUGGUAUAAACGAUGGAGAUGUCAUCGUUCUACUUCACAUGCUGCAAUCUUCUUCCAGUCUCAACGUCAAUGACGCCAGUCAAGCAUUGCCUGCAGGUUUAGCCAACCUUGAUUUUAGCAGUAUACAAGUUCCACCUGCUGUUGCUAGUAGCUCAAUGGCUGCAAGAAACAAUCCAGUUGAGGAAGACCCCCGUUUAAUAAGAGAAAUGUUUCUUGCCAAACCUGAUGAGCUAGCAUUACUCAAACAAAAUAAUCCACGAUUGGCAGACGCCUUGCUUAGUGGAAACCUUGAUACCUUUGCUUCUGUUCUUCGGGAACAAUUGUCGGCAAGGACCGAGCGUCAACAGCAAAGAAUAAGGAUGAUGAAUUCCGAUCCAUUUGAUACUGAAGCACAAAGAAUGAUUGCGGAAGAGAUACGACAGAAGAAUAUUGAAGCUAAUAUGGAAGCAGCUAUGGAGUAUAAUCCGGAGACAUUUGGAACUGUUGUGAUGUUGUACAUCAAUUGCCAUGUUAAUGGGUUUCCUGUUAAAGCAUUUAUUGAUUCAGGUGCCCAAACAACCAUUAUGUCGGCUGCCUGCGCAGAGAGAUGUAAUAUUAUGAGACUUGUUGAUACUAGAUGGGCGGGCAUUGCUAAAGGUGUUGGUGUACAACGCAUUAUAGGGAGAAUCCAUAUGGUUCAAAUGAGAAUUGAGAAAGACUUCCUAACAACAUCAUUCUCAGUGCUUGAAGAACAACCAAUGGAUAUGCUCCUUGGCUUGGAUAUGUUAAAAAGACAUCAGUGUAACAUUGAUUUAAAACGAAACGUGUUACGUAUUGGGACUACCGGUACUGAGACACCGUUUCUCCCUGAGUCUGAAUUACCAGAAUGUGCCCGUUUAUCUGGUUAUUCUGAAGAUGAAAUUGUCAACCAAUCCACUCGGGCCCAUGAGGAACGUCAAAUAAAGGAAGCCCUCGAGAAAUCCAAACAAGAGCAAGCAUUUAAUAAUGCUCAGACAUCUACAGGUGUAGGGCAAUCGGAUAAUCAAACUGCAGAUGCAACGAGGAACCAAACAUCAAGACCGGGUCCAAGCUCUCAAGCAUCUAACCCAGGACAAGGAAAUAAGAGAACCGGACUUGGAAAUCCAAGCAUGACAAUCCUACCAACAGAUUUAUUCAGUGAAACUGAUGUUGAGGAAAUUGUUGGCCUAGGGUUCACCAGAGAACAGGCAAUUGUUGAGCUGAGAAGAUUCAACGGCGAUAAAACGCAGGCUACAGUUGCGCUAUUCGCCAAAUCUUUAAAGUUCUAAUAUUUAUUCCAUCGAUAAGACUUUUUUUAACAUCCUAUAUAUCAAUAUAUAGUAUAUAUUUAUACAUACUAAGUUUGUGAACAAUGCAUUAUUUACUAAACUGGUUGGUGCAGUAAUUUCAAAUUUAAGACUGACUUUUAACCCAUUCUUCUUCUGGCCUCGGUAUGUUCAAGACCGGCAUAUACAUAUAUAUUCUACAAAUAGACUAUAUAUAUAUAUUUGAAAGAUACUUAAUUAAUAUUUUUAUGUAUAAGUAAUAAAAGCAAUAAUUUAUCACUUUAAUAACCAAAUAAUUAUAGUUUAGGAGUAUGGUUUGGAAAGUUGUUAGUCGAGAAAGUUAAAAAAAAGAUCUUUCAUAACACAUUGCAUAAUACUAUGAAUAUUAUGAAAUAUAUAUUUAUUUAUAUCAGACAUAAUAAACCUUUAUGGUAAGAUCAAUAAUUUUUAUAUUUUUUUAGUUUUGUACUAUUCAGAAAUUUAUAUAGUUUAAUUUUCAUAUACAUAUAAUUAAAACAGGGCUAGCAUUAAGUUUUAAAAUAUUUUGUCAUGUAUCCUAUGUACUGCAGAUUGAAAAUUCCUAUUUCAUGAAGAUGGCAAGUAAAAUUUUAAAUGUUGGUUUAUAUAUUUUUAUGUAAUCGGUUUUAAAAAAUAAUUUUAUCAAAUUUUAAAGGGUAUAAACAUAUGGUGUUAAACUAGUAGUACUAUUUCAAUGUACUUGAUGCAUUGUAUUUAAUUAAGAUAAGCAAAUAAGUGUAAAACAAUAUGCUUUUAUGUCGUGUUUUAAAAUAAAUUUUUUAUUGGGGA